AAAUCCUCACUUGCGGUUCUUCUCUAAUUCCCUUCAAUUAGAGAACUACUGCUUCCCCUGCUUUUAUUUCCUUCCUCUUCACUUUGAAAUAAAACCAACCCACCCAAAAAAAAAAAAUGGGCCGUGAUAUGUUCGUCGUUCUUGUGGUGUUGCUGGUGGCGGUGGCAGGAGCCAUGGCGGGCGAAUCACCCUCCGCCUCCCCCGCGGAGUCCCCCAAGUCCUCCUCCCAGGCCUCUACUCCGUCGGAAUCCCCCGCUCCCAAGGCGUCGCCUGCCAAGACCUCCGCUCCCGCACCCUCGUCCUCCGGCAGCGGGAAGGACAGUGGCAGCAGAAGCAGCAGCCCCAAGUCAGCACCCACCCCUUCCUCCUCAUCCUCCUCCUCCUCCGACUCUCCUCCGCCCAGCAGCAGCUCUCCGUCUGACUCACCUCCCGCUCCUUCCCCCGAGGGCGACGACAUCUCAUCCCCACCGGCCCCCGGCAGCGAGUCCACCGAGAUGGACGCGCCUUCACCCGCCCCAUCCGCCAGCACUCCCCAGGCUGCUGCUCCGGCCAGCUCCGCCUCUUCCGAUGCUGUUCUUCACCUGUCAGCCGCCGUCGCCGCUGCCGCAGUAGCUACCCUGGCCUUCUGAACAGCUCAUCUCCUGGGCUUUUAAUUAAGUGGCGUAGCUUGAGUGCCCAUAUAUGUGUGUGUGUGUGCCCCUACGUUGAUUCAAAAUCCAUUGAUUGAUUGAAUUCAUUACUAGUUGAGGAAGCAGGAAAUUCCGCCUGCGCUUUUGAUCAUAUGUUGUAUACAUAUAUAAUGGGAGGGCUCUUUUACUCA